AUGAACAAAAACAUCUCAGGUGACGAGGAGUCCGUGAAAAAAUCCUUUUCUGCGAGAAUAUUCGACAAAGAAGUUAGUGUCACGGAUCGUUCUGCUCUCCAGGUAUCACAUAGGGCACAGAUCAUGGCCAUUGAGGUGGGCGUUUCCCAAUCAUUAGGACUUUAUUUUCUUUUAAGUCAUACGUUUAAUAAAUUUAAGUUAGAUUUGCUAUCGGAAGGGCAUUAAGAAAAAAGCUUUUUGAAGUGAUGGCAAGAAGACUUUAUUCAUUCUAUAAGAUGUGAAAUCGGUCGUAGAUGGUUCAAUUCAAAUCGUAACUCGGUUACGUCCGAACUAAGCUCAGUUUUAAGCUUGGUCGACACUGAAGAAACAUUUAAACCAAUUGGAAGUUUUUUGCAGGAAAGAUGUUUAAGUAACUGAGUUGAAAAAUUUCCUCGUAAAGAGAUGAAAAAGCGCGUGCGACCAAAAAUUCUUAGAUUAUGACGUCACUCUUUGACAUUCCUCUAUCUUUCCGCUGUAUGUUGGUUAUGUGUUGUGUCCUCAACUUUGAUGAUUUUGAAAGUUUUGUUGUCCCUAAUGGCAUAAUUUCUUUCAGUUUGCAAGAGAAAGGGAACAACUUACGCAAAAGAUCACUUACCUUGAAACAGAGAUUAACGGUUAGUACCAUGAAGUCGAAUGAAGUGACGCGGAAUAACAGAGGUGCGCGCGCGGACUUGAGCCAUUAAACUUUGGAGGGGGCGAAGUUUUACUGUAUGUCCAUGACAACAAGCCCUUUACACCCCCUCUCCUUCCCCCGUUCAUUGUUCCGUCAUAAACAGUUCAGUUUUUUUUUUUUAUUUUAUAGUUCGCGAUUUGACUCACUGAUUCAAAACUGUAAUUUCACUCAUCUUUAUUUCAAGUAUCUUUAAUAUUUGUUUGUAUUUUAACAGCUAAGGAAAAGGAGAUCGCCAUCCUUCAGCAAACUCUCUGUGGGAGAGACAAAAAGAUUACUGAUCUCAAAGAAAAACUGUCCCAACUACAACAAAAUGGGCAAAGAAAUAAUUUUGAUCUUGCCAAUCAAAUGGCAGCAAUGGAUAAAAAGCUACAGGAGACAAAGAAGAACAUUGCCGAGCUUGAGGCUGGCGUAAUUUUCAAUGUCAUGAAGAAUGAAAUGGAAGCAAAAGAAUCCCAGAGCGAGCCACAGGCAUUUAAUGGUGAGUAUACAAGGCGCGAUGGCGUCGUAUCGACUGAGUGGUGACCACGCAGUUAAUACGACUGCUUUGUUCUCAUGAACUCAAAUUAUGUUCCAGGAAUGCGUCAAGGGAUAAAGGUGGGGAAAGAACGAGGGUCGGUAUCACCUUUCACUAAUUAUAAAUCGUUGCUUUGAAAGGCCAAGGAAGACUACAAAAUGCUUAAAAUUGCUGUUCACGCCAUCGGCGAAAUCAUCAUUUACCGGCCUGAUUUAAAAGUACGUUUCCCAUUUCACGAAAGACACAACUUAAAAUUAUGAUAUUCCAUUCCCUAGACGAGAACAGGCACUUUAACCUAAAAACUUUUUAAGAUUCUUUUCAUAACGUUUGGGAACGUUUUCUUCCAUGCACUUUAAUUUUCAUUUGUUUUGUUUUAUUUUUCAACCAGGCAAAAAUUACUUUGACCAUCAACCAUCAUGGUUUGAUACCCUAUCAAACAACGGUGGAUAUCUUGAAGUGGAAAACUUUCCAGUAACAGCCAAAGAGAUUGAAGCUAUGAAGAAUGUUAGAUCAAAUUCAAGGCUCUCUACUGAGUCAGCUAAAGGUGUGCUGAAGGAAACUUAUAAAACAACAUUUCACACAUUCAACAGACCGCAGCGAUAGCAGUGUAGUCUGAUGAGUGACAAAACAGUAAUACUCUUAAAAUUGAUCAGAAAAAUGUUCUUUCAUGCACUGUUUGAUUUUCAUUUAUGCUUUUUUAAUUAGGCAAAGAUUACUUUGACCAUCAACCGUCAUGGUUUGACACUCCAUCAAAAAACGGUGGAUGUCUUAAACUUGAAAACUUUCCAGUGACAGCAAAAGAUCUUGAAGCGAUGAAGAAUUGCAAAUCAAAUUUAAAGCCCUACACUGCAGCAGCGAAAGGUAUGAAGAAGGAAACUUGUAAAUUGUGAAUACUUUACAGUCUACAUCUGAGCGAAAGCAGCCUGUAGUGUGAUGAGUAACGAAAUAGUUAGACACUUAGAAUUGUCAAGGUACUUUUCAGCUUCAGUACCCUCCUCAUUAAGUGCAAUGAGGAACUCAAUGAUUUGACGAUUAUUAAGCAAAAUGAAAUCGUAGUGAAAACAUGUCAACAAUAAUCUCUAAAGAGGAAAAAUGCAAGGCGAUUAAAAUUCUACUUUUGCUUUACUAGUCUGAAAAAAUGAUUCAAGUAAAACUUGACACUUCAUUUUCUUUCUUUUCCCUUUACCCAAGAUUGUGGUGAGGCGAAAUGUCAACAAGCACGUGUCUCAGGCGGCAGUUUUGUCCGAGCUGAAAUGAAGAAAAACUGUCCACCACCCCAGAGAGAAGAUGAAUCCAAAAGCAUCACCGGUUCAAUUAGUCAGAAGGUCAACCCAUUUUCUGGAAAGGCAAAACCUUUGGAUCGAACAGCACAAAGUCCUGUGAAUAAGAAUAGGAGACCUCAAGUCGAGAAAAGCAGCCCGCAAGUACAACCGAGGAAUAUCUCCAAUCUAUCCUUUGCCAGGAAGAAAAAUCCGCUUCCCGAGAAGGCUAAGGCUUUGGAUCGACCAAUACCCGAUUGUGCAGCCGCCGACAUCAGAGGAACUGAAGUUGUGAUCAACACUCUAUCACUUCAGCUCAAACGUGUUCCAUCCAACAGUAUCACAGAUUCCUCUGGUAACAAGGUGAACCCCUUUUCCCAGAGAGCUAAAUUCGUUACAAAACCAUCGCACAUCCCUGCUGCCAAGUUUGCUCAAACUCAAACUGUGAUGAUUGAUGCUGCAUUCAAGACUGGAGAGAUCAAUCCGUGUUCGGAGAAAGCCAGAGGUAUGGUCAGUCGAACGCCAUUUGAUAAAUGAAGAGGAGGAUUUAAUUGUAAAGAGUGAGCUUCUUUAGUGGCUAAGGCAAAUCUCGCCCAACUUCGCUCAGUUUUGGUUUAGUAAGCUAAACAUCCCAGGUUCCUCAUAUUCAAACGGAAUUCUCUAUGUCACAGUCAUGAACCAAACAGUUCAUGCUAUGAUAGCUCUUCAAGAAAUGUAGAGGCCAAUCUAUAAUUUAAUCUGUAAUAAGACGAGGUUUUUAACAAAAAUCUGUCUUGAAUUUUAUAGGGAGUCCGUAUUCUUUCCAUCGCCCAUUACCCCCUACUCUGGCGAGCAUCGUUCCCAGUGGAUCUCAAAUAGCUUUCGCUCACCAGCAGAUCAAACGACACUCCAUUCCUCAAACUGGUAGGUAGCUAAAAAUGAAAUUCUGCAAACUGUCAUAGGCCUGUCAUAAACUCCCUGGGGUCAAACUUCGUAAGGGUUUGGGGGGAGGGGGGUUGAUACCUUAAAGGUAUGACGUAUAUGUGGCAUUGUAGAACUCGCUGGGAAACUAGCUCAGAAACAACCGAAUUUGGGAUAUACAACUUCAGUCAGUCUCAAUUUUUUUGGUUUUUUCCACAGAACAAGGAUUGCUGAAGAGAACUUUUAACAAGUGGUUCGGAUCAUACUUCUGA